AUGUUAACUUCGGAACGGUUCAAUUGUUUACGUGUUAAAUGUUUAAGUUCUAAAGCCAAGUUACCAAUUCGUUGUUCUGAUUUGGCUGCUGGAUAUGAUUUAUAUAGUGCUGCAAAUAUUAUUGUUCCUACUAAAGGGAGAGCUGUGAUUCCUACAGAUUUAUCAAUUGGAAUACCUUCAGGAACUUAUGGUCGUGUUGCUCCAAGGAGUGGAUUAGCGGGAGUUGUUGACGCCGAUUUUCGUGGAGGCCUUACCGUACUUUUGUUUAACUUUGGUGACAAAGACUAUCAAGUUCACGAAGGUGAUCGUAUCGCUCAACUUAUUCUUGAACGAAUUUGUACUCCAGAAGUCGUUCAAGUUGAAGAACUCGAAGAUACAGUUCGUGGAAGUAAAGGAUUUGGUUCUACGGGAAUUUAA